ACAAGUUCAGCCAGCUGAACAGCCUAGCAGUGCUACGGCACAUCUUGCUAGCCUAAUUCAAAAAGCCAGUGCGAUAGCUAGAUGCAUACUCUCUUUGCACAAUGUAGCACUUUGAGGUGAUUCAGUUUCAGGAAAUUUGGAAAAGAGCUUGCAAGUAAAUAAAACUGGGAGUCACAAUGGAGAUGUAUUUAACAAGUCAAAUACUGGAUCAAACUUAAAGCCAGUUUCUUAUUCAGUACACUGAAAAGGUCACCUUGUCUUGCUGGAAAAGAAGCAAAAUCUCAGCUUUGCUGCUUUUUAUUUAACAGCUUGGCUCCUACUUCAAUUUUCUUCAUGUUCUUACCUAGUUAGGCUAUCUAGCUAUACAAACAAGGAUACUCAUGGUAGAUGACAAGGGAAAGAACAUGAAAUGUCUCACCUUCUUCUUGAUGCUUCCAGAGACAGUCAAGAACAGGUCCAAGAAAAGCUCUAAGAAAGGAAAUAGCAGCAGCAGCAGCAGCAGCAGCAAGUUGCCUCCAGUUUGCUAUGAAAUCAUUACCUUGAAGACCAAAAAGAAGAAGAAGAUGGCUGCUGAUAUUUUUCCCAGAAAGAAACCAGCCAACACUAAUACAACUGCUGUCCAGCAAUACCACCAACAAAACCUCAACAACAACAACACUAUCCCUGCCCCCAAUUGGCAAGGGCUUUAUCCCACCAUCCGAGAGAGAAAUGCAGUGAUGUUCAACAAUGACUUGAUGGCAGAUGUUCAUUUUGUGGUUGGGCCACCAGGUGGGACCCAGCGGUUGCCAGGACACAAAUACGUCUUAGCUGUUGGGAGCUCUGUAUUCCAUGCAAUGUUUUACGGAGAGCUUGCUGAGGACAAAGAUGAAAUUCGUAUACCAGAUGUUGAGCCUGCUGCUUUUCUCGCUAUGCUGAAAUACAUCUAUUGUGAUGAAAUUGACUUAGCUGCUGAUACCGUGCUGGCCACUCUUUAUGCUGCCAAGAAGUACAUCGUUCCUCAUCUUGCCCGAGCAUGUGUCAACUUCCUAGAGACGAGCCUAAGUGCAAAGAAUGCCUGUGUGCUGCUCUCCCAGAGCUGCUUAUUUGAGGAACCUGACCUGACCCAGCGCUGCUGGGAAGUGAUUGAUGCUCAAGCAGAGCUAGCUUUGAAAUCGGAGGGGUUCUGCGAUAUUGAUUUUCAGACGCUUGAAAGCAUCCUCCGAAGGGAGACGCUGAAUGCCAAAGAAAUUGUUGUUUUCGAAGCUGCGCUUAACUGGGCUGAAGUUGAGUGUCAACGACAAGAUUUACCUGUUAGCAUAGAAAAUAAACGCAAGGUCCUAGGGAAAGCUCUCUACCUGAUUCGCAUCCCUACCAUGGCACUCGACGACUUUGCAAAUGGUGCUGCUCAGUCCGGGGUGCUGACUCUCAAUGAAACCAAUGAUAUCUUCCUUUGGUAUACAGCUGCCAAAAAGCCAGAGUUAGAGUUUGUGAGCAAUGCCAGAAAAGGCCUUGUCCCCCAGCGUUGCCACCGCUUCCAGUCUUGCGCCUACCGCAGCAACCAGUGGCGCUACAGGGGUCGGUGUGACAGCAUCCAGUUUGCUGUUGAUAAGAGAGUUUUCAUUGCUGGCUUUGGGCUGUAUGGGUCUAGCUGUGGAUCAGCAGAAUAUAGUGCAAAGAUCGAACUUAAACGCCAAGGUGUUAUCCUAGGCCAGAACUUGAGCAAGUACUUCUCAGAUGGAUCUAGCAACACUUUCCCAGUGUGGUUUGAGUAUCCAGUGCAGAUUGAGCCUGAUACCUUUUAUACAGCUAGUGUGAUACUGGAUGGCAAUGAACUAAGCUAUUUUGGACAAGAAGGAAUGACUGAAGUUCAGUGUGGGAAGGUAACUGUUCAAUUCCAGUGCUCUUCAGACAGUACUAAUGGCACUGGAGUGCAGGGAGGGCAGAUCCCAGAACUCAUAUUCUACGCCUGAGCAAAAAUGUUUCCAGAGGACGAGUUUGACCUGAAGUACACAUUUGGUUCAGACCUACUGAUGCUUAGCUUGUUACCUGCAGCUGUGAUCAGUACAGAGACUAUAUAAUUAAAAGCUGUGGAUAGUUACUGCUUGCUGGACUUGUAGCCUCUUUUGGUGAUGAAAUUUAAAUGUAACAUUCAACUUUAACUGGAAGCUCUUAAGAGCAAGGAAGUUCCUAAAGCUUUGUUUGAGUCAGAUAUACCUACGCCCACGAUUCCCAGCCUGUCUUGUUGGCGUGCCCCUACUUGCAGUGGAUCAGCAGUUGGACGCCCUCCCUCAUAUCUCCAAUGGACUGUGCCCCCAAUACACUGGAUGCUGUCUCUUUUGGUCCAUUUUCUCUUUCUGUCUCAGUUCUUUUUUCCUUCUUGUCUUUUUUCUCUCUGCUUCUCCUUAUUUUUUGCCCUUGUUUUUUGCUCCCCAACUCUCCAGAAGGCUACAUGCUGCUCAGAGUCAGGGAAGGGGCUCCACAAGGUUGGGCUGCUUUAGUUCUUACAGCUGAGCCAAGUGUUAUGAGGCAGAUAAGAGAAGCUUGUGUGUGAACCCACAGCCCCAUAGAGGCAAGCCAGUCCCGUAGGUGGCCAGCUGUAUUGGGGAUGGCUGCAAGAGAAGAGAGGGAGGCAACAGUCAAGGAGCCACACACUGCUGUAUACACAGAUGCAGGAUCAUGCUUGCAGCCGGGAUGAGCUGGGCUUUUCCCACCAGCACCCUCUUGAGCUCCUCUGACUCAUUCCCUUAAGACUGGGAAAUACUUGUAUACACACAACCUGUGUAGGUGGCUUCGAAGCAUUUAACCAAAUGUUGCAAUAGUUCUACUGAGAUGCUUUUAAAAUUGCUCUCAUUUGGCCCACUACUAAAUAGCUGGGUGAUGAUAUCUAGCAUGAGACAAAGGAUAGGUUAGUUUACAUAAAACAUUUGGAGAGGGAUUUUUUCCCGCUGUACAAAUGAAAAUAAACAUCACUCCACAGUAACAUGUCCCAGUCCUGAGUUACAUUUUCCUUCUCUGUAAUGUGAGCUUUAUUAUAUUAUUGCCGCACAAUCUGACUCAGCAGAUAAUUAAAUAGAUGAUAGCAAGAAAAUUCCCCAGAGUGGACUAUGUCUGGUGGUGAGCACCAAAUGUAAUACAGUGAAGGGAAACGUGUGUCUAAUCUCUUGCAAUUAGUUUUAAUUUAAAUGUGAAAUGGAGGAUUGUGUGGUCCAAAAGCUUUUUUUCCCCCCCUGAAUUACUUUUCAAGCUUUCUGUAGUUCUGCCUGUAUUUUUGGCAGGAAGGGACUACAGACUCAUUGCUGUUUAAGAGGGAAGGAAAUCAGUGUAACUAAAAGAUCCAAGUACUAUUUAAACUUAAAUAAAGUCCACACUUUGGAAAAGAAAAUCCUUAGUCACUAGAUUGUGAAAAUUGCUUACAAAGAGGACACUACUGAGGUAAUUUGUCUCACCUUUAUAAUACCUCUGAAGUGGUUAUAUUUUCUUUCCAUAUUUUAAGCUAAAAUAGAGGCCCAAAUGAUUCUUUGGCCAGGCUAAAGACUAAUGUCUGUGCUACAUUAAAUAUAAUCAUCAGUUUUACAAUGGAACCGCUUUUCCCGUAUGGUUACUUAUCAGUUAAUAUUAUUACUCCACCUACUCCUUGACUGCUGGAAUCUUGCCCUCUGGCCGUCUCAAAGUGCUGGUAUGUUUCUGCAGUAUCCAAACCAUGAUCUGGAGUAAUGACAACCGGAUUGGAGUAGGCAUCAAAAACUCAAAGACCUAAGCCAGUCUUCCCUGUCCUGUGGAUGAUGAAAAGAAGAGUGAGGGGAAGACUGUUCUGCAAGUACCAUGUUCUUUAUUCACUGUAAUGGUUACAAUUUUACAUACAUGAGCAAAUACAUUAUUUCGGAAGUAUAAAAUACCCUCAGAAUAUAUAGAAAAUGCUUUUUAUAACAGAUGUACCUAAACUAGACUGUUAGUGAGAUCUGCACAGAAUGUUCCCUGGAAAACUGAAGGGUUUUUUUUUGUUUUUUUUUAAAGCUCCAGUUAAUUAUAUUUAGAUCUCUCAGCAACCAAAAAUAUACACGCAGUGUAAUUUAAUGGUUGGGGAAAUAUUUAUUGAAGAGACAACGAAGGAAUGUAAGAUUGUCAUGGGAUAAUAGUCAUCUACGUGUAGACGUUAUCUGAGCAGUAGUUGAAUUUUUUUAAAAUAAACUUUAAAGCAAAGACUGGCCAAGUUACUGUAUAUGAAAUGGUUGACAUAGAUAUAAUGGCUCUGUCUGAAUGAUGCUUAUGGGGCAGAGUGACAGAAUGCAGCUAUUUAACAAUGUUACAGCAAGUAACUGAUUCAUUUAGAACAGACGUACGUGCCUCACAGUGGGACAAAAAGUGUACUGUACUAGUAUGGAUAAACCAGUCUCUGACUGGUUCUAGUUUUUUGGUGUUUUUCUUUUUAAUUUAUCUACAAAUAAAGGCUGAGCAUCUAUUAAACUGACUGGCUGGAACAGAUAGUUAUGGGAUCAAAUAAUGUAUAGCUGUGAUAUAUAGAAAAUUAGCUGCUUUUUUUUUUUUUUUUUUUUACUUGUUAUCCCUUGAAUAUUUUUGACAAAGUAGAAUGAAAGCUUUGCUUCUUGCUUAAUUCCUCUGAAUCUGUUCCAGGUAUAAAUUAGACUUGUUGCCUAUGGUCAAAAUAUUUAAGCUUGGAUCAAUAAAAACUUAGACACCUAAAUAAGUGGCUUGAUUUUUGAGAGGUGCUUGACACCAGCAAGCCCAUUGCAGUAAAUAGAAUCUGCUGUUGCCAAAUACUUUGAUACAUCAGGCCACGUAAUUAGGUGCCUAAAUAUGGAUCUAGAGCUGGUCAACUAACUUUAGGCAUCCAAGUUUGAAAAUGUUAAUCUAUAUUUUGAAAGCACCCGAUGUAUGAUGCUGGAACGUAAACACAACUUCAGCAAAAAGAAGAUUAUGUAGAUGGUAUUUUAUGGCGGUCUUUACUACUUGUAUAUUGAUUUUGCUGGUAAAGGGAACUAAGAUAGGGCAUUGUAAUGUAAUAUGCUUUAAGCAUAUCUGAAAUAGUAUUUAAAUAUUCUAAUUUCCACAUACUUAUUGCACUGAACUGUUUUUUUAAUUGUUGUGAUAAAGUCAGCUAAUUUCAGGUCACAGCGCCCAGUUAUGCUUGACCUUCAGCUUACAGCAUUAUUUAUGAAGGACAGAUAUAUAAAUAUGAAGUACCUCAUGUUGAAUGUUAUUGUACUGUAUCUUUAAUGUAACAGUGCAGAUCUUGUAAGACACAUGAAUGUGUAUAAUCACAUUAAACAUAUAAAUAAAACUGGUUCUUAUA